AUGAACACGCAAAUCCCCUUAGCCAUGGAUAUGAACCAUUUCAUUGGGCGUCGUUUCAAUUUAAUCUCAAAGAGCGAUAUUCGUUAUGUUGGUACUUUGCAUGAGAUAAAUCCUGAAGCAUCAACUAUCGCCCUCGAAAACGUUGUUUCACAUGGUACAGAGGGUCGCCGUGGGGAUCUAUCAGAAGAAAUUGCGCCAUCUACCAGUGUCUAUGAAUAUAUUGUGUUUCGCGGAAGCGACGUAAAGGAUAUCAACUUCGCGGAUGAGCAGAAAGGCAAUGAGCAAACCGAGCCACCACAAAUGCCAAAUGACCCUGCUAUUCUUGGAACAUCUUCACGCCCUGGGCCUCCACAAAGUGGUGGUCGCGAGCCAAUAAACCGAUUUUCCCACCAACCUCGGCAAGCACCUCCUGGGUUCACACAGCCACCUUUCCCGGGCUAUUACCACCCAUAUGGCCAGCGAUUUGGCCCUUCUGGAUUUCCAGCGGGCCCCGGGUUUUCAAAUGUGCCGUAUAAUACUUCUCAAGGGUGGUACCCCCCUCCUAAUCAGAACCUCACUCAGCAACCACCACAAUUUCCUCCCCCGCAGAUGACAGUUGCGACCUCUCAGCUUCAGCAGGAAACACAGCCGCCCCAAGUUGCUCAAUCAGGACCGAUAUCCCACGAAUUACCGAAAACUACCUCUGAGCUUCCGGUUGGAGAAAAGCCAGUUAACAACGCCCCGAGGACGCCUGAGGCACCAAUUUCUGGGCCUGGAAUGACGAACCUGAAACCCAAUAAAGCUCCUGAGCAGGCCGUAAAGAAACCUCAGUCCGUACCACACCCACCUAGCCUCAAUACAGCCUCGCAUCAAUCAGCCACCGCGAGCAGUGCUGUCGCUAUUCCAAAAUCGAUGGCGCCACCACCUAGUGGACUCAAAGUGGAACGUGUUGUGCCAGCGAUACCAAUUUCAACAACUGCAGUGACAAGACCCCCUGUCCCUUUAGCAGGCAAAUCCCCCGUUUCCGCAGGGACCUCCCAGAACAGCCGUACUACACCAAGCACUAUGCAAGAGGCUACGAGGGCCGCCACAGCUGCUGUUGCCGCUGCAAUGGCAAAAUUGCCACAACCAUCAUCCGGCGAAAACAGACUUCAAGCUGCCGAAGCUGCCGUUGAAUCGGUGACCAAAAAGGUCAGCGACAUGAAACCCUUCGACAAUGAACGCCCUAUUCACGGUGGGCAGCAAUAUUCUCGUGGAGGACGAGGCUAUCGGGGUGCUUACCAUCCGCCACAUCCCAAAAAAAUCGAAGUUCCAACGGUCGAUUUCGAUUUUGAGACAGCAAACGCCAAGUUUAACAAGCAGGAUGUUGCCAAAGAAGCGAUUGCGUCCGGAUCUCCCCUUAAAGACUUUGAUGGUAACGGUACAAAUGAUAUCAGUUCGACCAAUCGCCAAAAUGAUACUGCCACGUCCAGUACUUCUAGCCUUAUGACAAGCAUUGCCUAUAACAAAUCCUCGUCCUUCUUUGAUAACCUCUCUAGUGAAGCUCGUGAUAGGGAGGAUGGCAUUCGCCGUGGGCGCCGAGGCGAAGAAGAAAAGAAGAAUAUGGAAACAUUCGGUCAAGGAAGUGUUGAUGGAGGCUAUCGUGGUGGGUAUAGGGGUCGCGGAAGGGGUAGAGGCUAUCGUGGUCGAGGACCAUAUGGUCGUGGCUACGGAGGCCGUGGCCGAGGACAUAUCCGCGGGGAACGUGAUAGCCCUAAUACCAGUGGUAUCCCUACCCAAACACUAUAA